AUGUUAACUAAUUUAUAGGAUGACUCCAAUAAGGAAUAAUACACUCUAGGAAUUAUUUUGAUAGUCUUCAGUGAAAUUAUCAUAAUAGCAUCCAUGUGUCAGAAUUAUAAUUUAAGAAAGACUAUUCAAUGGACACUCUUCUGUUUGAAGCUCAUUGGCAUGGCUUUGAUGUUCAAUAAGAAUCCUCAUCAGAUAAUCCUCUUCUUCGGUUGCAUUCUAUCCUAGUUUGUGUAUCUCAACUAAUUUUCGAGUCAUCAAGAGACCAACGAAAUUCAACACACCUACAGUCAGGUCAAUAAUAUCAUCUAAUAGUUCUUGGAUUCCCAGAACAAAUGGUCCAAAUAGAUGAGAAUCAGAUUGCAAUUUAUUCAGGGAAUCCAAACAACAAAAUAAUUAACUAUCAAGGAAUAAUUUCAGAUAGAAAAAAUAUUAACAUAUAGCAUUAAUUCAGAAAUGUGGAAAAAUAAAUUCAAUAAGUACAUCCUCCAAUUGCAAUCCAUAUAUAAAGAAUAAUUUAUUCGAUAUCAAAUAGUCAAUUAACGAUUAAAGAAUAAUUUUCAAAUUUUGGUAAGUAGAUUGAAUUCCUAUGGCAAAAAAUUAGAGGACGAGUGUUAUCUGAGUUCCCAGUUAUCCUCUAUAACUUUCAAGGACAAGAAUUAAUUUAAUUAAAAUAGCCUAAAUCUUCUCGACUCACUAAGAACUUCCUAAUCCAAGAUCAUUGAGUGGUUAAACAAUGAAGAAUGCAAUCUGAAUGAAACCAUCUCUCUGUUGUUAAAGGAAAGCGAGGCCUUGAAAGAUUCACUAAACGACAAGGAGUAGUAAUUCUUAUCCAAUUCAGUGAAUCAAUUCGCUAACCUAUUGAUGUCACUCAACUUUGAUAAGUAACAAUUGACCUACAAUAUCAUCCAACAAUAAUCGGAUCUAAGAUAGUUAAAACAUAAGUAUAUCAGAAGGUUGAACAAAAUAAAAUAGUUCUAAUAGAAGGUUUCUUUUGGUGAGUGCAAAGAGAUUGAAUUCAAUUAGAUCCAAUCUCUUGAAGUUCAUUUCAAGGACAGAAUAAAGGAGUUAUGUUAGGAAGGCCAAACUGCUAUUUUGGAGAAAUAAAUAAAUUAGACGGUUGAGGAAAUAUUAUAAAUCUUCAGAGAGAAAUAGAGGUUGGAGGAUGAAAACUUUAGUUUAAAAGGACUUCUAACUUAAACUGAGAGUCAAUUAAUGUUUGAGGAGAGUCAGAGACUACUUACAAAAAAUGAUGAAUCGUUUGCUUAGUCUAAAAUUUGUACUCACAGAUGA